GAGAGGCGGUAGCUUUCACAUCUACUCCAGGGUUUAUUCUUAGCAAAUUGGUUUCCCUGUACCAGGGACCGUCAUCUGUUCAGCCGCGCUCCUAGCAAACCGUAAAAGGAGUGAUAACAGCUGCUUGUUUUCAGUGUGCAGCGUUUCCUGCAACCCCAUACCGAGCCCAAGACGAUCCCCGUGUCGCCCAAGGAGCUGUAAUAUAUUCCACUUCUAAAGUCAUGACAGCAGAGAAGACCAUUCCAGUAAUUAAUGGCAAGCCUGAAGAUACCAUGGAUCCAGAAGCUUCAAGUACAACUUUAGUUGGUAGAAAUGACAAAAAAGUAAAUGAAAGGGGACAUUGGAAUAAUAAGAUUGAGUUUAUCCUGUCUGUAGCAGGAGAGAUCAUUGGUUUGGGAAAUGUCUGGCGAUUUCCUUACCUAUGUUACAAAAAUGGAGGAGGAGCAUUCUUUGUACCCUAUGUCAUUUUUUUUCUUGGAUGUGGAAUACCAGUGUUCUUCCUGGAAACUGCUUUGGGGCAAUUUACAAGUGAAGGAGGGAUUACAUGCUGGAGAAAAGUGUGCCCUUUAUUUGAAGGUAUAGGAUAUGCAACACAAGUCAUUGAAGCCCUCCUGAAUGUCUACUACAUCAUUAUUUUGGCAUGGGCCAUUUUUUAUCUGUUUAACUGUUUUACUAUGGACCUUCCGUGGGCAAGUUGUGGACAUGAAUGGAAUACAGAAAACUGUGUUGAAUUCCAGAAAGUGAAUACAAGCAAUUGUAGCCAACCCUUUCAUGCGAAUGCUACUUCACCUGUCAUUGAAUUUUGGGAGCGAAGAGUGCUAGCUAUAUCAGAUGGAAUUGAACAUAUUGGAAAUCUACGAUGGGAACUUGCUCUAUGUCUUCUGGCUGCUUGGACUAUCUGUUAUUUUUGCAUUUGGAAAGGAACAAAAUCUACAGGAAAGGUCGUGUAUGUGACAGCUACAUUCCCGUAUGUGAUGCUACUGAUUUUGUUGAUUCGAGGAGUAACGUUGCCUGGAGCUGCAGAUGGGAUUAAGUUUUAUUUGUACCCAGACAUCUCUCGCUUGUCAGACCCACAGGUCUGGUUGGAUGCUGGCACCCAGAUUUUCUUCUCAUAUGCCAUUUGCUUGGGAUGCCUAACAGCAUUAGGAAGCUAUAAUAGCUAUCACAACAACUGUUAUAGAGAUUGCAUUAUGCUGUGUUGCCUCAACAGUGGGACCAGUUUUGUUGCUGGAUUUGCCAUUUUCUCUGUCCUAGGUUUUAUGGCAUAUGAACAGGGGGUUCCAAUUGCAGAGGUUGCAGAAUCAGGACCGGGGCUUGCAUUUAUUGCUUAUCCCAAAGCAGUAACCAUGAUGCCUAUUUCCCCACUGUGGGCAGCCUUAUUCUUCCUGAUGCUUAUCUUCCUUGGAUUAGACAGCCAGUUUGUAUGUGUGGAGAGUCUGGUUACAGCAGUGGUGGAUAUGUAUCCUAACCUUUUCCGAAGGGGAUACCGUCGAGAAUUAUUGAUUCUUAUCCUUUCAAUUUUUUCAUAUCUAAUUGGACUUAUCAUGUUAACAGAGGGUGGAAUGUAUGUCUUUCAACUCAUGGAUUCCUACGCUGCUAGUGGAAUGUGUUUACUGUUUGUUGCCAUUUUUGAGUCGAUAUGUAUAGGCUGGGUUUAUGGAAGUGACCGUUUCUAUGACAACAUUGAAGACAUGAUUGGCUACAGACCUUUCCGGCUUACUAAAUGGUGUUGGAUGUUCUUCACUCCUGGUAUAUGUGCUGGUACUUUCAUCUUUUUCCUAGUGAGGUAUAAACCAUUAAAGUACAAUAAUGUAUAUGUUUAUCCAGACUGGGGCUAUGCAAUAGGUUGGAUGCUGGCCCUCUCUUCCAUGAUGUGCAUUCCAAUAUGGAUAUUUAUCAAGAUAUGGCAGACUGAAGGAACCUUAUUAGAGAGGGUCCAGAAGCUGACUACUCCAAGUCCAGACCUGAAGAUGAGAGGAAAGCUAAGUGCUGGCACUUCUACCAAUACUGACAAUGACAGUGAAGCCAAACUCAGAGGGGACGGCAGUAUCUCAGCCAUCACAGAAAAAGAGACUCACUUCUGAACACUUAAUUCUUUUUAUUGCUUUUAUUUUUUUGUAAAAUAAAUCAUUGAAAUAUAGACACUCACUUGUUUUGCACAACUUUUAUUAACAAGUUAAUUUUAAAGUAAACAUUGUAUACUUGUUUAAAAUGUGUCUUUUUAAAUAUUAUAGCAAAGAGUGAAUAUCACAUAGAAGCAUAAUAUUUUGAAUUCAUCCAUGGUCCUGCUGUACAGCAGUUAGGUCUUCUCAUGUAUACAUUUCUGAAACACAUUUUUGAAUGUCUUAUUUUUGCACAUUGCCUGAAAAGCAGCAUUUUCCUACCUGAUCAUACUUUGCCUUAUACCCAGCAUGUUCUCUACAUUUGAAGAUGUAACAUUUCAAUACAACAUUCAUCCAA